UAACAGCUGUGAGCGCGAAAGAGCACCAUCAAGGGCUAAGUUUUCUGAUAUAGAUGGUUAAUAUUUGCUCAAAAGGAUAUUUAAAAUACUAACCAGUGUUGAAAAAUCAUCAAGAAUGCAUAAGAAGUGUUAAAAGUUAUAUUGGAGAGAUUACGAAAGAGUCGUUGUGGACGUAUUGAUUUUCAAACCAACAAGCUGGCAGUAUUGAAUUAUUAAAGAACGAAGAAAUUAUUGAAAUAUUUUUCAAUAAGUGUUGUGCUAUUGGAAGUUACAAAGCUUUACCGAAAAAAAUCGAUAACCGCGUAGUCUGACAUCUGCUUGCGUGAUGCGAAUCUAAAAGAGAUAGCUAUAGGCGGAGAGCUGUACCCUUACACCGCCGAUAGCCAGUCUGCUGAUAAAAUAUAAAUACAGAAGUACCCUUCGCAAUUGAAGUCGAGAACUAAUUAAAGAUGGGUGGUGCUGAUAUCAAAUGGCAGAAGGAUGCUGGAGACCAGAACUUCGAUUACAUGUUCAAACUUCUUAUCAUCGGAAACAGUUCCGUCGGGAAGACCAGUUUCCUAUUUCGCUACGCGGACGAUUCCUUCACUUCAGCCUUCGUAUCCACUGUCGGCAUUGACUUCAAGGUGAAGACAGUUUUCCGUCACGACAAACGCGUUAAACUCCAAAUAUGGGACACUGCUGGCCAGGAGCGCUAUCGCACCAUCACAACUGCGUAUUACCGAGGCGCUAUGGGCUUCAUAUUAAUGUACGAUAUAACCAAUGAAGAAAGUUUCAAUAGCGUUCAAGAUUGGGUAACUCAAAUCAAGACGUAUUCGUGGGACAACGCCCAAGUGAUCCUGGUGGGCAACAAGUGCGAUAUGGAGGAGGAACGCGUGGUGAGCGCCGAGCGCGGCCGGCAGCUCGCCGAGCAGCUGGGCGUCGAGUUCUAUGAGACCAGCGCUAAAGAAAAUAUUAAUGUCAAGACGGUGUUCGAGCGCUUGGUUGAUAUAAUAUGCGACAAGAUGUCCGAGAGCCUGGACUCUGAACCAGCGAUGCUUGCUGGCGGCGCGCGCGGCCAACGUCUCACGGAGCAGCCGCAGAACAACGCAAACCCCAACUGCAACUGUUAAGAAAAUUAUUCUAUACAUUACUUACUGGACACUAUUUACACGAAGCCUUGUACUGAAUUAUCUGCGAUUCCGUCGUUUCUAGCUGACGUACAAAAGCUCACUUUGCAAGUCUAGAUUGACUUAUCGAUGUUAAAUGUUCUAAUGGAAAUGUUUGCCAAGAAUGUCCUGUUAUUUUUUUCUAUCUAGGUUUUAUUUUUCAAUCUUUCGUCCUUUGAUAGUUUUGUUUAUUUAUAAGUUAAUGUUAACAUUCUUUUACGUCAGUUCUAACAUUUUUUCUAUUACUUAUCUACGUAAGUUUUCGUAUAGGUCUAAUUCUACGUUAUAAAAAUCAUAUAAUUAAAUGUAUCGCCAUGUUGUUAAUGUCUUUAUUAAUUUCAAAAUUUAGUAGAAAAUUAGAUAAACUUGAUGUGAAUGUAUCGCUGAAUACAUUUUAUUGUUAACAACGCAUUUUCAUUGAUGUAUGUAAUUUAGAAUUGUUGAAACUUUGUGUAACAAUAAUAACAUGUAUUAGUAUUGAUAAAUAAUAUAGAUGUUAAGUAGCUACUCGUAUCUAUACUGCAAGCUGGAGUAGAGAUCUGAUAUAAUUUAGAUAUGAAAAUUUUCUAUGCUUCACGUUAAAUUUCCAAGCAUUUCUGUUGCAAUUGACUUAAUAUUAAUUUCAAAAAAUAUAUAACUUAAGGUGUGAAAGCCUUUUAAUUUUUCGAAUUGCGCAAAAUCAAUAAAUUUACGGAAAAAAUGUUUGAUAUGUCACGUUCGUCAAAGCUGCGAAUAAUGGACCAAAAUCAAGAAUAAGGAAAUGUUCACAAAAAUAGUUCUAAAAAGGCGCAAAAUAUUUUUAGACAUGUGUUUUUCAUUAUAGAAACUUUGUAAUUCAUAUUACCUCAUUCCUCGCAUUUAGUUGCUUAAAGUUUAUAGUUUUAAUAAUGUUCAGAAGUAAGUUAUUUUAUUUGUUAAUGCAUGAUUAAAACUAUUUUAUUUAAUUGUAAAACUUUAAAGAUAUCGUAUGAAAACUUAUAUGCUUUGAAUCUGAAAACUCGCAAGUAAAGAGUCGCUUGAUAUCAGUAUUAUUGGGAAAACUUAGCUUUUAUCUAUACGUUGAUUGUAUGCAGCGUUUGUAAAUACGUUUUAUUAAUGUGUAAAUUUACAACUGUGUAUAGUAUAUCUACAUGCAUAUAAAUCCGUUUGUAUUCUUGUUACCUAUGCUAUGUAAUUUGGGAAUUACUUAAAUCUGAAAUAUUAAUGAUACCUAAUUUUUGUCUCACGCCUAAUCAAAUGUAAUAGUGAAAUUUCACUGCUGCGUCACUUGUAUUAAAAAACAUAAUUGUCUUUAUUUUUCUUAAGAGAAAGUAAAGGACAACAAUAUAUAUUAAUACAAAUAUGUCGGCAGUUUACACCCACUCUUAUAAGGUUUGUCGCAGUAACAAACCGAUCUAUUAGUUUUAAAUGUAGACAAUAUAGACAAUACAAUUUAUAUCAAAAUUCUGUUUAACAGCAUGCACAUUAUUUUUAGACUAUAAGUAAGGUGUGACAUUAGGUAGCUUUACUGACAUCUUUUGAUGAAACUCUACCAAUUAUACGUAUAUAAUUUGGGUCCUAUUAAAUACACACUCGUCUAUAUUUCCGUACCUGUAGCGUGGUCGAAUUGAGGCUUUCUUGUAUAAUCAUUAUUAAUUAUUAAUAACCUUUAACCACAUUAUAACAAACUAUAUUAAAGGAAUUGGAUUACAAUUAUUGCCCAAUUAUAAAUAAAAUAAUGAGCCUCUAGUAGUAUUUAUAAAUGUCAAUUUUUGCGGAUCAAUUACACAGGAUCCAAAAAAAUGAUAAUGACGGGACAUAAUUUAAUAAAAAUAAAAAUAUUGGUUUUGAUGGAUGACAAUGUAGAGAUGGUCCUAUAGCGGGCGUGGAAGCAUAUCUUAGAGAAAGGAUUUAGAUAAAUUACUUUUGUUUAUGAAACAAUAAAAUACAAUAGAUUUCAAUAGUAAAAUGACUUUAUGACCAAAACAUGAAUAUUUGAUUAAUAUUUUCUAUUCUUUAGUUUUAAUUUAGAUUAUUUAAAAAAAAUGGUUACAGUUUAUCUGACACAAAUGUAGUAGUUCACAAAAAAAAAAAA